GGUGCCGUUCCUUUUCUUCACCAACCCAGUAAGGUGCAAGUACAAGAUGGGAUGUCGCCACUGGAGAGCAGCGGAAGAGAGCUCCGCGGGGACGGCCUUCCUCCUCUCUCUCAUCACCCCUUCCAAGGCUGCCAAGGAUAGUUCCAUCUGACUCAGAGAAGUGUGUUAAAAGUGAAUUCUUCUCAGGGUUGAGACUAAUUUAUUAAAUUAUUAAGUUAAUGAGUUAAGACUCUCGAAAAGAAAAACUUAUUAACUUAUAUAAGUCAUUUGAUUCUAUGGCUGCAAUCCAAAAGCUCUAUGAGGUCUGCAAAGUAUCAUUAUCUGAAAAAGGGCCAUCAUCUCUUGAAGCUGUCGAAAAUGUUCGUGAUGUAUUAGAUAUGAUCACACCUUCUGAUGUUGGACUUGAGUCUGAAGCACAAGCUGUUCGUGUUUGGAGAAGACCAGCGUUGAAUAGAAAAACUGUAUUCCCUUCGAGCCCAGCAAUCAGAUAUCGUCAUAUAUAUGAGUGCAAAAGCUUUUCCGUAAGCCCCAUCAACUACUUACCCACUGUGAUGCUAAUUUUUAUAUCUCAAGCACUUGUAUGUCUUCUUGUCCUCCUUUGUAUCUUUCUUAUGACAGAUUUUGAGGUUUCCCAAUGUACUUUCACAUUGUCCCUGCAGAUUGGAAUAUUUUGCAUGCCAGCAUCAUCUAUCAUUCCACUGCACAACCAUCCAGGCAUGACUGUGCUCAGCAAACUUCUGUAUGGUAAAGUGCAUGUCAAAUCAUAUGAUUGGAUUGAUAUAGAUGAUUCUCGUAACUUAUCAAAAGUCAGACCAGCCAAGGUUGUAAGAGAUGGUGAAAUAUCUGCACCUUGUGGGGCAAUGGUCCUCGGGAAUAUCCAUGCCAUGAAAGCCAUCACUCCAUGUGCUAUCUUGGACAUCUUGUCUCCUCCUUACUCAUCCGAGGAUGGAAGGCAUUGCUCCUACUUCAGGAGAUUACCAAAAUCAGACCCAUCAGGCAUUUUAUUGGACCGGACAAGGGAAUCUGAAUUCGUCUGGUUAGAAGAAUACCAGCCCUCUGACAACUUCGUUAUUAGGAGAGAUCUUUACACAGGACCAACUUUGAACUUCUGAUCUCACGCUCCGACCCCAUGAUCAGCGCUAUGCUAAUGCUUGCCUUAACAUUCUUCAGUUACCAGGAAGAACAUAGAUAUGUGUAUUGCAAAGUAUUACACUAUUACUUGACUUGUGUUUUCUCUGCAUCUUUAUUUAUACACAUGACCACUAUUUGUGAAUGUGAUCUGAUGUAUCUAUUGUAAGAUAAUUAUAAUGUAUGUUUCUUUUGAGAAAUUAUAUUGUAUGUUUCGUAGUGUA